UAUUUUGGCAAUGUUUUUCAAAUAGACGUUUAGAGGUUCUUUCGUGUUUUCCCCCUUCGAAGCAAGUUGCAGUGGAUAGUCAAUUCGGACCGUACAAACGCGUCUUUUUAGUAUUCUUUUUGUUUAGUUCUGUUUGUUUUUGUUUUUUUAAAUUAAUCCGAUUUUGUUUUGGUUCUGUUUUUAAUUUUUUUUGCGCAAUGUUCUUUUUAACGGAUCUCCGUUUUGUUUUCCGUCGUUAAUUUUUUCCUGGUGUGCCGUUGGCCGACCUGUCUAAUAACAGUCGGGUAACCUUGUCGUCAAUUUCAAAUGUUUGACAAAAGCGUCGAAGAGAACACCUCCGAGUCUGAGUCGUUCAACCGGUAUUUCCACACGUCCAAAACGCCCUAAAGCCUCAUCCGGGAGUCCCUUUACGAAGUAAAAGAAGAAUAAAUGCCCUGAAAUAUUUUCAAAAAAAUAAUUUGACGAAUAUAAAUUUUAAAAAAAGUUAUAUAAAAAAUCCAUUUCCCUCUGUCCCAAAUGGGCUGGAUCAUUCAUCACAAGCAAAGUUCAAAGUUUAAGAUGAAGCCGGGAGGUGCUUCUCCAGAACAGGCGAGUCUAGUUGUUCAGGUCAACAAUGCUGCUGCGUCUGCCCAUCACAGCUAUCAUGCAACUGGGCGUGGUGGGGGAAGGAAUCAGGCUCGCCACAAACUGCCCAUGUCACCGACUGGGCCAAGGUUCCUCCCAGCGAGGAACAUAUCCGCUGUGGCUCGGCCAUUACCAAAAACGAUGAUGAGCCCGAAGAAGGUUAGCGAUGACCAUCAUACUCAAGAGGACUAUCUUGACGGUGUUGUAGAGAAGAGGCCUAAAUUUUACAAACACUUGCCGCUCAGCUAUCAGUAUGUACUGCAAGACCAUAAUUAUUGUGCUCCUUUGCCUUCACCGAGCCAGCUGCUGUCACCGCAGCUGGCUACACCGAAAGUUCAGCUGAACAAUGGCAUCGGGGCUACCCACAAUGGAGUGGCGAGGGCACCAUCACAUGCCCUCCAGGUCUCCCCGCAGGCCCAGCCAGCAGCUCAGCCGCAACAGCUUCUCCAGCAGUCUCAACAGCUCCACAGAGGUUAUUCGCGGAGUAAUUCAACGCCUCAGAUACAAUCUGUUCCUACAUUACCGUAUCCUCGGCAUCCUCAGCCUCCUCCCACUGCGGGCGAUGACUCGGACAUCAGUUCUGAUGGUGAGAGCCAUGACAGGAACAACACGCCGUCUGUACCACCAGUUGGCCAACCUGUUCAAGACGAUGGCGAAGAGACCGAAACUGCACCAGAGGAUGAGGACAGCGUCACACGUUGUAUAUGCGAGUUCCAACAUGAUGACGGUUAUAUGAUAUGCUGUGAUAAGUGUUUGGUUUGGCAACAUGUCGACUGCAUGGGUAUCGAGAGGGGCAAUAUACCUGAAGAGUACAGGUGCGAGGAAUGCGAACCACGUAGGGUCGACAAGGCGCGAGCGAUAAGGAUACAAGUGUCUAAAAGGAGUCAGUUCAAUGACAGUUCCGACUCGCCAGAUUCAACUGCUAAAAAUCAAAAGCAGAAACAGUCGAGAGUGAUUCCCAGAGGAGGAGGUGGGAAGAAGAAUGAAAAAGGGGCCAAAGGUGGGCGGGGAUGGAAGGCGAUCUCGGAUCAGAACAAAAAAUCAAAGUACAAAGCGAAGCAGAAACAAAGGCGCAGUACAACGGCCAAAAAGGAGAAGAAAGAUUCUCUGUCGUCUUUGGAUCGUUCGCCCUCACCGCCGUUUGGCCCUCCUCCGGCAGCAUUACAACAGCUGAGGCAGUGGAUCGACUCGUACGAAGAGGCGGUGACGAACCACUACUCGCAGGAGCUGCGUGCUAGGAUUGCUGCAAUCAAAGUCAAUGGCGUUCAUUCAGAGCUCAGACUACCUGCGAAUCUCAAUGCAACUCCUAAGUGUAGAGUGGCCAUGCUCCCUUCAGGAAUUAAGACGUUAAAUGCGACAGCGAAUAUUUCGGCUAACCAGGCGAUAAUUGAAGUGAGAGGUAAAUAUAUGCUGUCAAAGGGUGGUGGCCUGACGCCUACAGGACAAGGAGGGAGCAACAACACGCCACGAUGGAGCCCGUACCUGUUCUACCACAAACUUGGACCUUUCGGUUCAGACCAGACGGAAGUAUGUGUUGACACGACGACGUAUGGCAAUGAUGCCAGGUUCGUGCGGCGGUCUUGUCAUCCCAACGCUGAGAUAAGGCAUUGUAUUGAGAAGGGGGCUCUUCAUCUGUACAUAGUCACGACGGUGCCAAUCGAGGCGAAAGCAGAGAUAAUGCUGCCGGUGAAACCUGGACAGUUUUGUUCGUGUGGGAGUGACAAGUGUACAGCCGGGACAUCCCAACAACUCAACAGUGCUGGUUUGCAUGAUAAGAGGAGGCGAGGAAGGAGACGGACGCUGUCUGAGAGUAGUACGGGAGCGAAGGCGAAUGCUCUUCCUCCUCCAUCACCAUUCCCAGUUGCAGCUCCUGAGACGCCAACGGGUCCUGUACCAAAUCAAAACCCAGUGAGUUUACCACCAACACCGCCUCCGCCACCGCCACUGCCACCGCAAACCAACAACACGACAAGUGGAAGUAGCAACCACAACAACAACAUCAUCAGUAACAACAACAAUAACAUUGUACCUAUGGAGAAAGAGGCACCGGUGAAGAGGCCGUUGCCUUGUUCACCCACCGACUCCGACCUAAGCCCUCCACCGGCCAAGCUUGUUAAAGCGAGUAGCGAGACGCUUGUGACGUCGCCGCUCAAAGAUUCGUCGAACAAAGUCAGGGGGCAGGUCGUCGUGAGUAGGCGUGCAACAACGCCGGCGACAAGGCAAGAGGAGAAAAAACGUACCCCAGUUAACCAAGUGACGCCAAAGAAAAAUGAAACAUCAGGAAAAAUGACACGGGAGGAAAGGAAGAUGGAGGCGAUUAUGAAAGCUUUUGAAAGGCUCGAGAAGGAUGAGGCAAGAAAACAGGGCGCGGUAAUCGGGACGUCCGGUUCAGGCCCAGUGUUCACCUCAAGCCGGACGAGGAAGCCUUCUGUUUCCGUAUCGCCGGUCAGGGAACGCCAUGAACGACCAGCCACAAAAAAGAAGAAUUCAAGAUCCGUUCGUGAGACAAGGGCAUCGAAAGGGGCCUCUCUCCGUUCGAGGAAAGUUGCCUCAUCCACAGGCCGCAACCAGGUCAGGAAGAACGCCAAGGCGAGAUCGGCAAAUGUCAACAGCAAGUUAUGGAGGGCGUCGUCCGAAGAGGAAGCAUCAGGUGGAGACAGCCCGAAAAAGAGAGAUAAAAAGGAAAGGUUUAUCAAAGAGGAGGAAGGUGAUGCUGACACUGAAGGCGAGGAGCCAUCGUUCAGCCCAGAGGAACACCCCAUAGACAUAAAAUACGAGCCGUCCGCAACUCCUCCAAAGUUAGAGACUUUGAUUUCAUCUGGGUCUGAGUCUACUCCGCCAGCUGUUUCAAACACUUGUUUACUUGUGGCUGCUGCCGUUGGUCCUUUGGCACCUGGAUUUAAAUUUCCCAAAUCUAAGGAUCCUAAAAAAAACCUGCUGAAUAGUUGGUUUGGAGGGAAUGAGCCUAACGGUCCCCAGUCGCCACCAAGGGUCGUAGGCCUCAUGCCCGACUGCGCGAAAAAGCGUUGGCUCAGGCAAGCUAUAUCCGAAGACUCCGAUUCGCCCAAGCUGGGUGAGUCGACGUCGCUGCCGACGGUCGACCAAUAUCCGACGGUAACUCACCAGUGUGGUAUUACAGAGGCGGUGUCCCCAACCGAAAUGGCCGCCCCUUUGAAAAAGAGGCGUUUUGCUAGGGAGAGUGUAUCGUCGGAGUUAAGUUUCACUCCGCCCGCAACACCACAGGCUGGCGAUACAACCAACCAGAUGUUCGAGGAUGAGGAGGGUUCUGUUCUUUCGCCGACGGAGUUCCAAGAAGUCAAGAGCGAAAUGCAGGUUUUAACGAACGGUCCCAAGACCCCGCCAGUGCCGUCGCACGGGGACGAAGAUUUCCGCGAUUCGUCUAAAGAAGAGACCUUGGAUAUUAAUUUUCAUGUAAAAGAGGAGAAAGAGAAGGCUUACGACGACGAGGACCGGGCAAGGGUCAAAGAAGAGGCGCGGGUGAAAAGAAAGCUGUCUAUAUCCGAGUAUAGGGAGCGAGUGAAGUCUGGGAGCAACCCAAACGGCCGUUCAGGUGACUCGGGCGGUAAGAGGCCGACGACUCCAGUCAGAAACGGCCCAUCAAACUAUGACAGCCAAGAGGAAGAUGGCGGGAGCGGCGAAGACAAGACGUCCCUCGGCCUAUUCCCUUCGCCACCUUCGGUCGACGGUAUUUUUAAAAAAGGGAGUAUAAGUGGUUUCAGCGCAGCUCCAACGCUCGUCGAACAGCAGAGGGAAGCACUCACCGAUCGCCUUAGAAGGGAAUUCGGCCUCUUCUUGAGUGACGACGAAGAAGAAAAGAACAAAAGGAAUUCAACAGAUCUGGCACAGCCGCAUCUCCCGCCACCGAAUCAGUUGACGACGAGGGCGACAACGAGGAGUAGGAAAGGCCCACCUCCACCACCACCGCCAUUGCCUUCAGGAGUGCCUCCGCCGCUCCAGGUCCCGGUGACGCACUUGGGCCAGCCGUGGCUGUACUACCCUCCACCUCCACCACCACCUCCACCGCCUCCUCCACCUCCUCCAUCAGCUAUCAUAGCCCACCACUACCAUCACAGCAAUGCUUAACUUCAAGACGUCCAGGAGGAAAAAGCCCAGUUCGUAAUGGCAAAUCAUAGCAUAACAACAGAUUGCAGGAGAAGCCUCGACACAGCCAACGAGGAAGCGUGACGAACAUUCACGCACCUACGUCCACCAGUAGGCAUCCGUGUGUCUGGUAAAUGAGGACGACAAGACAACGACCCGUACCCUGCUCCGACCCGCGUCUUUCUUAUAUUAUUUUCUCACUUAUUAUUUUCCGCGUGUGCGUACUUCUUUUUUUAAUGAUAUUUAUUAAGAGGGGGGAGAAGAACCGAUUUUUUUUUCUCGUGUGUAUGGCGUGUGCAACAUGAUGAAGAAGAAGAAGUAAUUAACAAUUCAAGGUCCUCCUCUUUUUUCUCUCUUUUUUCUUUUUUUUUUUUCCUUUUAAAUUUUAUCCUUAUGAAUAAACAAAAAAAAUCAUACGAACGAAUAUAUAUUAGAAAGCCGCCGCCGGAGAGUAAAAAAAUUAUAAAUAUUGUGUAAAUAAUGUAAAACACCCUCACCGACGAUGAUGUGUACAAAUUAAACAAAUCUUUACAGUUUUUCAAUUAUUAUUAUUUUUAUUAUUAUUAUUUAUUAUUACAUGUUAUUGUUGUCCCCCACUCCUGUUUGGAAAUAAGUUUACCGCCUCCAACUUCUUUUGUCCAGUCAGUUACUAUUAUUAUUAUUAUUUUAUUUUAUUUAUUUUUUAUUUCUAAUAGAAAUAAGAAUUAUUUUAAUUUUUAGAUGUUUUCGUCUUUUUUUAAUUUGCUGAGUAAUGAGUGAGAUGUUUGUUAGUAACGAAUAAUAAUAAUAAUAAUAAUAAUAAUAAAACUGAAAAACGCAUAAUUGUUAUCGGUGCAAAUGUGAAGAAAAUGAAAGAUAAAUUCAAUUUAAAUAACAAAAAUUUAAUUUAAAAAAAAGUAAAAAAAAUACUUGUACAGUUUUAAUAUAAUGAUUAUAUUUUAUAAAAAGAUUUUAUAUAUUAUUGUAUAUUUAAACGGUUUAUAUAUUUAAUAAGAAGAGGAGAUAAGCAAGAUAAAGCAAGUGAAAGAAAGUGGGGGGGACAGCGUGUAAAUAGAUACGAAGACGAUGCAAGAUGACUCGUGAAUCGUGAAGGAUGAGUGUUCGCAAUAAGGAAAAUCGAGUGAGUUUGAAAAAAAAAAUUAUGCAAAACCAUUUUUUUUCACUUGUACAUAUUAGUAUAUAUUUUGUGUUCUGGCCAUAUUCGUGUCUGCAGUGAAAAAAGAAAUAACUUUUGUUCAUUAUUAUAAUUUUUUUUUAAACUAAUUUUAUUUUUUAAUGUUGAUAUUUUAUGUACAAAGGAGGUAAAGUUUGUUAAUUAAUAAUUAAAAGAUUAAAAAAACAAAAAAUGGAAUGUGGUGAUGACGGAAUUAAAGUACAAAUGAAACCCGGACUCGUUCUGAUACGUUAGAAGAGAAAGAGAGAGAGACAACGAGCAAAUAAAAAUUCAUGUAAGCUGCAUCGUUAUAAUGGUUUUAUGUAUUUAAUUUAAUUUUUUUUUUAAACUAUCUUAUUGACUACUUAACCAAUUAAUAGUUUAGUGAUACCCAUGUGUUUUUCUACUGUCUCGGUGAUUAUUAACCCUCAAAAUUCGGCGACAGGACAAAUUUUUCCUUUAUUUACCUGACCCCUGUGACUUCUCGUCUGUCGCCAUCCCCUCCCAUGUAAUUAUUAAAAAAAUGUAAAUAAAACAAAAAGUUAUAUAUAUAAAUAAAUAAUUAUAUAAACAAUGUUGAUUAGUGAUAAUGUUUUCUCCCAAGAAUUGUACUUUUGUUGUUAAUAUAUGGAUAAUUAUUAAAAAAUAUUUUUCUUUUUUUGUAAUAAAAUAUAAUUGUUUAUUUUAUUUUUAUUUUUUAUUUUUUUCAUAAUCGUGUCGUUUGAUUAAUGUUCACCUGGCCACUGGCCAGUGGUAUAGAGCAAGUGUUUUAGGACGAGUAAGUAGAUGA